AUUCAAAAAGUUAGACGUGGACCGUCUGGUGAGGUCAGGACAGAGUUUCCUUCCAAGAUCGGACCGCUACGCUGCUCUGCCUCCCAUUCUUCUCUGCCAUAUACGCACCGAUGCUGUCGACCUAUAGUUAAUAUAUCUACCUAUUAUCAUCAUCAUAAAUAAACAUCAGAAUACGCGUUUCAAAAUUUCAAUUCGUGUUGGUUUUUGAGUAAUAUUGAUUGCUCUCUGGAACAUGAGGUGACUUGAAAAUGGAUGACAUGCCUGGAUAUAUGCGUUACUGUUUGAACACAGGGAAGCUUGUCUUUUUGGCAAUUUUAGUCUCGGGAGGAAUCGUCUUGCAAAUUUUGGCUUGUGCUUUGUAUAAUAAUUGGUGGCCGAUGCUUAGUGCGAUAACGUAUGUGAUUCUUCCAAUGCCUUUGCUGUUCUUUGCUGGGUCUGAUGAUUCUUCUAUGUUUUCUGAAUCCGAUAAUACCUGGGUGAAUAUUGCCAAGUUCUUGACCGGAGCCUCAACUCUCGGAGGCAUUGCCAUUCCAAGCAUUUUAAAGCAUGCUGGGGUGAUCGGUUGGGCAGCCUUUGCAAUGGAACUCUCUUCUUUCUUUGUGUUUGUAUUAGCUAUAUUGUGUUACCUGGGGAUGAGUGAGCAAGAUAGUUACAGUAUGCUAUGAAACAGGAGUUCAGCAAGGCUUGUUUCAUUGGUAUACAAAUGUACCUGUUCCGUUUGGGUGCUAUUGAUUUCUCUUGCUUGUAUAAUAUUCACCUCAACAUCCCCCCUCUGUUCAAAUACUGAUAUGUAAUGUAAAUUCUUUGCUUUUGCGUUUAA